AUGUAAACAAUAAGAAGUGUACUUAUGCAACGGAAUACAACAAUGAUCUAGCAUUGGUAGUAUAAUAGUUUUUAUAUGAUAUUUGUUUAUAUACGACAUUUCAAUAAAUAGGAUAGUUUUGAAUUAAAAAUAAGUCAUAGGUACUUAUGUAAAACAUUACAUAUUAUUAUUGAAAUUUUUAAAUAUUUCAAUAAUGAAUACCAUUUAUAGAAAUUUGUCAACACGUUUACAACAUUUAAUAGUAUUUACGCCAAAUUUAAUGUUCCGAGGAGGCUCAAUUAGGAAAAUGACUGUGGAAAUCGAUAAAGAAGAAUUAAAAAAACGUUUGACGCCGCUACAAUGGCACGUCACACAGGAAAAGGGUACAGAGAGACCUUUUUCUGGUUGCUACAACAAAUUCUAUGAAAAAGGCACAUACACCUGUAUAAUUUGUGAUCAAGAGUUGUUUUCUUCUGAUACAAAGUACGACAGUGGUUGUGGUUGGCCUGCAUUCAAUGAAGUAUUAGAUCAGGGACGAGUCAAGCUAACCAAAGAUACUUCACAUGUUCUUCUAUCCUUAAGCCUUCCAUGUAUAUCACUUAAUUUUAUUAAAUCUUUAAACAAAUUUUAUAUUUGAUAUAAAAUAAUAUAUUAUUUUAAAAUAUACAAUACAAUUAUCAAUUACAUUUUUUAUGCAAAAAAUUUUAUCAAUAUUAUUAGAUUUUUAUUACAAAUGUUUAUAUAUUUUUAAUUUAUAAGAAUAACUUGUAUACUCGUAUACUUAUAAUGUUAUUAUUAUUUAAUUUUUAUUAAAAUUAUGAUUUUUUAAUAUAUAAAAGGCAUUCCUUUUAUCCUUUUCCUUGCAUGUUAAUGCUUAGAGUGUGAUUUGUGUUAGACUUACAUCAUCUAGUAUAAUCUAAAAUUAUGCAUUAAAAAUCAUUUUCUCUGUAUUUUAUUUUUAUAUGUAAAAAAAAAUAAAUUAACUUUUUGCUAUUUAAUCAUAUAUUUUUUUAUUUAGCUUUGCUAUAUAUAAUUGAGAUUUUAAUAAAAUUAUUAUAUAUCAUAAAAUUGAAGUUUAGAUUAGAUUAUAUUUUAUAUGGAUGAAUUAAUAAUUAAUAUAACCAAGUAGGACGUUUUAUAUGCAAUAAGAAAAAAAUUUGAUAUAACAUUUUUUCAUUUUAUGUUUUGUUUUUAAGAAAAUUGAUUUUGAAAAUUCCCUCUAUUUAAAUUAAUGUUUAUAAACAUUUGAUAAAAAAGAUUAUAAAAUGUUUAUGUAAAUUAUUCAUUUUUUAUUGUAUUACAAAUGUAAUUGAAAAUAAUACAUACAUAAUUCGAUGAAUUAAAAAUGAUCGAAUUGUAAUCGUUUUUAGUAAUUUUUAAUUUUUUUCAAAUUCUGAAAAUAUUAUUUACUAAAUUUUUUAAUAUAUCAUAAAUAAAAAUAAAAAAAAAUCUGACUAUAUAAAAUCUGACUAUUUAACGAAUUAAUUUAUUUUAUUCCAUAACAAAUCCAUCACAAAAUACUUUUAAGAAAUAUAUAUAUAUCUAAUUAUUUGUCAAAAUUUUAUGAAAACUAAUUAAUAUUUUUUUGGAUAGAGACAGUUUUUAAAGUCAAUUUAAUUUUUAAUUUUAAAAACUUCAAAAAUUAAGAAUAAACGAAAAAUUUAUUAAAUCUUUUUUAAUUUUAUAUAUAUUAUAAAUCAUCUCCUACUCAGUUAUAUUAUAUAUAUUAUAAUAACUCAAUUAAUUAUAAUUAUGGAUUUAUUCUAUAUUAAAAACUUUUUUUUUGUUAAAUUAUUUGUUUAUUUAAAAAUUACAUAGAAAUUUUUAAAUUUAUGUUAAAAUUAUUUUUUAUAAUUUUAUUUUAAUUAUUAAAUAAUUUACAUAUUUAUUAAAUAUAUUAAAUUUUAUUUUUUGUGUAAAAAUAUAUGGACAAGUAAAAAUGUAUGAUAUGCAAUAUUAAGUAGAUUGUGGUUUUAAUAUUUAGUUAUUGAAGUAAUUAGUUAUUAAAAUGGUAGCUAUAUGGUAUUUACAAAUAUAAAGAUUGUAAUAAUAAUAUGUAAAAGCAAUAAGUGUAAUGUGUAAAUACCUGUAUUUUAAUGUGAUAAUUAAAUAAAAAUGCUUUUUAUUAAAUAGUAUUAUAAAAAUAUAUUAUCUAUCUAAAUAUAAAUCUAAUUAAUGAGGCAAAUAUUUCUCAAGAUUAUUUUAAUAUAUUUUUGAAUUUUGUGAUACAAUACCAAGGCAGUUAGAUUCAAGAAGAAAUUUGGAGAGAACUUCGAUGGAUGAAUGAAACAAGGAACGAGAUUAUGGGUAUUAAUUAGAAUGUAGCUAUUUCUUAUAUUACUUAGAAUAUAGAAUUGAUAAAAUAUAUAUUUAUUUUUAAUUAAAAUUUUUAUUUUCUUUGAAAUUUAUUUAGGUUAUUUAGGUUUGAUUUUAAUUUUUAUUGCAAUCAUCCUGUUGCUUUUAUUAAUAUUAGUUUACUCUUUUUGAUGCUGCUAUAACUGGAAAACAUUUAGAGUGCAUAAACAAAGGUGUUGGUCUGCGUUUAAUCACACUCUAUAAUUCUAUUUCCUUUGUCUUCCUAUUGCCCCGCUACCACCACUUCACUCUCACCAUUGACAGUUGGUGGAAAUCUACUACUGCUGAUCGCAAACCCAGAUAUGGUGCGGACCGAGGUGACCUGUUCAAAGUGUGGUGCACAUUUGGGACAUGUAUUUAAUGAUGGACCAAAACCUACAAGGAAGCGAUUUUGCAUCAAUUCAGCAUCUAUAAACUUCCAUCCAGCAGGAGAAGAGAAGAAGAUCACAUCAUAAAACUAGUAAAACACUAUCUUUCUCAAAAUUUUUGAAAAUGUUUAAAAAAUUUUAUCCAUUUUUUAUUUUUUAUUCUGUAAGAAAAAACAAAAAUUAUAUUUUUUAUUUAAUAUUUUAAAUUAUGAAUAUCAGCAUAUACAUGUUAUUUUAAUACAUAUAUUCUAUAUUUUAUUUAUGCAUCAUAGAUUCUGAAUUUAAUUCCAUUUGUUAGAUUAUUAUACAAAAUGUAUAUUUAUAAUGAUAAAGUUAAGUAAAUAUUUAUAUUAUAAUCUCUUAGAAUAAAUUCAAAUCUGUACAUACACUCUAAAUGAAAAUCUAAAAUAUUACAUUUAGUGUGUAUAAAAUAUAAAAAUUCAUAAAUUAAUAUAAAACAUUUAAAAAGCAAAACAAAAUAAUUUAUAAAAACAUUCUGUUAUUUUUUCAUGUUACAUAUAAUGGAUAUAAUAUAUAAAAAUAAUAAUUAUAUAAUAACUUUA